AUGAAGCCCCUGCUCUGCGUAGUCGUUUUCUUCGCUCUUGCGUUAGCUGAUAUUUCAUCUGAUCUCAAUAACUUGAUCCGGUCCCCUAACGCCUCGUCGCCCUCUGCCUACUUCAUCCCAGAACAGAUCAUCUUCUCUCGGGGCAGACACGCUGUCUGCGCUUCUGGCAAAAUCCAGGUACCCAUCACUGCUCAGAAUAUCAGAUUUACCACCCAAGUUCCUCCGAGCCAGUUUGCCGUGACCGCGAUUGUUCAAGAGAUCCUGCAAUAUGAUGCCUCCCUCAUCCAAAAAAGCAUUGCAGGGACUCAAAUCGUGCAAGGCACAUACGGCAUUUUCGCCAAACUCUGCUAUCCUGCUCAAUUCGCCUCUGCUGCUCAGGUCAAAAGCAUUCAGAUCCUGACGCACGGCUCCGGUCUCGAGAAAAGCUACUGGGAUAUCGCGUCCCCAAACAACAGCUACGUCGAUGCAGCGGCAAAGGCCGGCUACGCGACCCUCGCGUACGAUCGCCUUGGCGCCGGACAAUCAGAUCGCCCGGAUCCAAUCAAUGUCAUCCAGUCCGCCGUGCAGGUCGAAAUCCUCGAGGCCCUCAUCCAGGGUGUGCGAACAGGCACGCUCGGCAUCCAGAAAUUCAACACCGUCAUCUGCGCCGGCCACAGCUACGGCCAGAUCAUCCAGACGGGCCAUGACGCAAAGUACCCCGCCAGCUGCUCCGCCGUGCUCGCGACCGGCAUCUCGGACACGACUCAGUAUCUGGUGCCAGAAACCUUUGCGUUGAAUCCCACUAUCGCGAGCCAAGCAGACCCAGCCAGAUUCGGCAGCCUCAACAACGCCUUCUUGAUAAACCCUACGCCUGUUUCCGUCCAUCUCCCCUUCUUCCGCUACCCUUACUUCGACCCGGCCGUCUUUCAGAAAGUUUUCGACACUCGCUCCACCUACACUAUUGGCGAGAUCUUCACAGCGAUUGCCAUCCUUAGCCCUGCGCCUGCCUUCACCGGCCCUGUGGCUGUCAUCAACGGGCAGUUUGAUAUCCCUUUCUGUGGUGGCGAUUGUGCCCAGAGGCCGUCGGCGUAUCGGGCUACGUUCUAUCCGGCGGCCGUGAACAGUACGGCGCAAGUGAUCCCAAACACGGGCCACGUAAUCAAUGGGCACAUUACGGCGCCUCAGGCUUUCAGUCAGCUCCUCGAAUUCUUAAAAAAGAACAAUUUGUGA